AUGAACGGUUUGCUUAAAGAGCAGCUACGCAAACUAUCCCCCACUGAAUCCCUGGCCGGAUGGAGUCGUAACCUCCGCCAGGCUGCAGCCGCGCUCAAUGACUGUCCGCUGUAUGGCUCCACCCCGUAUGCCAGGUUUAAGGGGGAGGUCAUCGAGCAGCCCCGUGUGCUGCGAGUGCAGCGUUUGCACUCGCAAGCCCACCUCCCCAUUCAGGCCACCCCGGGAAGUGCUGGUCUUGAUCUACGGGUCCCUCAAGAGAGUUUCACCCUGCAGCCUAAUAGCCGAAACCUCGUGAGUAUUGGCUUAGCCAUUGGGCUCCCACAAGGCUAUUAUGGGCACAUUGCCCCACUCAGUAGCCUGGCCCUCAAGGGCAUAGAUGUGGCGGCGGGAGUGAUCGACGCUGACUACACGGGGGAGGUUAAGGUGCUUUUGGUGCACAAUGGCCCGCAGGCAAUAACCCUCUCCCAAGGUGAGCGGGUUGCACAGCUGAUUUGCGAGCACAUUGGAAUGCCUGAUGUGCAGGAAGUGGAGGCGCUUAUGCCCACUACUCGAGCAGGGGGGUUCGGCUCGACUGGGCGUGCAGUUUGGGUCCAUGACCCCACCAAGCAUAACCCGCUUAAAGGGGAAAUCCUAGCCGAUGGCCCCGGGGAUACUCACCUCGUGUUGCUAAAAGGGGAAGACACCCCAAUUUAUGUGCCCUCUAAGCGUCUUUCUUCCAGGCGACCAUGA